GUUGGACAGUGAGAGUGUGUGUUGUAUGCUGGUUAAACCAACCGGUGUACUCAAAUAGUGUGAGAAUGGUAAAAGGCGGGAAAAGACAUUUUUCUAAGAGCAAUGACAUCAAAUGGUUUGCUCAUCCAGUUUCACCAGAAAUUGAGACAAGAUCUCGAGAAACUUGUACAAGCACUGGGAUUAUGCUGAGUCAGGCUAAGUCAUCCCUGCCUCAGGCUUUGAACUUCGAGCGUCAUCCUAAAUGGAAAGCUCAGCAGAAAUCCAGAGAGUAUCCUUUCUCUUGCCAUGACAAUAAAUAUGCCAUAAUUGAUGAUAUAUCAAUCAUCUCUCAUGGUCUGGGACGGAGGAAGUGUCCUGAUGAGCUCAGACAGAACAACUCCCUCUUCAGUCUAAGCCACAUUGGAGCUGAAAGCAACACUAUUGAGACCAGGGGAAACCUCAGCAACUACAAAACUGAUUACACAGUGAUGGAGGCUGAUAAUGUUCCAAACAGAACCAGGCGGUUCCCCAACAACCACAAGCUAAAGUCUAAAGAGGCAGCAUUGGCACAAGCAGGGGAGCAGUUCAUGUGGUUCAGUCGAGACAACUCAAACAUUUCAGAGGUUGCAGGUCCUCAGCAUGUCAGUGCGUUUAAGGCAUCGAUGACUGAACACAGAGGAGAUAGCACUCAAAAAGGGCUCCAAUUAAGAGGCAAAUUAAACAUUCUGGCAUAAGCUUUUCUUAUUUUAAGGACUCCGGAGUUUGAAAUGAAAAGGAAACAUUUUAUGAGAUGAACUUCCAAGAGGAGGGACCCUGAAAAUGUUUGAAAGUUGGUAACAAUCCAUUAAAUGUGCCAAUAUUGUUCAAUAGUGCAUUUCCUUGCAUACUUAA